AUGGCACAUGAACAUUGCAAUAAAUGUUUUCUAGUUAAUUGUCUUCAUACAUCUUCUUGUCCAUUAAUUUAUUGUCCUAAUGGAUGUUUUGCUCGUAUGCAUGAAUGUAAACGUUAUGAUCAUGAAUAUAUUUGUUCAAAUGUUUUUAUUCCAUGUUUAAAUGUUAAUUAUGGUUGUCCAUCUACUAUUCGACGUUCUGAUCUUUCACGUCAUUUACGUAUAUGUCCAGCAUCUAUAACAGUUUGUUCAUUUAUGUAUCAUCAUGAAUAUUAUAUAAAUAAUUUAGAAAAUUCUACGAAUAAAAAUCUUAUUGAAAUAAUUGCUCAUCAUGAUAAUAUAUGGCAUGAACAUAUGUGGGCAUUUCAAAAAACACAACAAGAAAUAUAUUCUGAUUUAAGAAAUAAAAAAUCUAAAAAUACUCAAGUUGAACAUAUUAUUCGUAGUGAAAAAUAUCGUUAUAUAACAAUGCCAGAAUGUAUGUUAAGUAGAGGAGAUGGUAUUAUAUGUAGUGCAUGUCGAAAACAUCUUAGACAAUUAGAAGAAAAUGAAGAUCAACGUCUAUCAGAACUUAGUGAAGGUAAUCUACAUCAAUAG